AUGCAGAACUGCAGCUGCACUGCCAAGGUGGGCCGUGGCACGGUCAAGGUGGAGCGCAACCAGGACACAGGCAAGACCGGCCCCAGGCAGGGCACGGUGCGUGUGGACCGCCGCAGCAGCACCGCAAGGAAGCAGGCUGGUGAUGACCAGGCGUAUUUCAACGUGACGGGCUAUCCAUUUCCCCUGGGACCCAUCACCAAGCGUGCCACCAUCCGCAAGGACAUUGUGCGUGGCAUCAUCUGGGGCUUUGAGCAGCCACAGUCGCUGGGCGGCAGCAAUGUCACCACAAACGUCAGAAUGACCAUUGUGCGCCUCAAAUCGGGCGGCCUCUGGGUGCACGCACCCAUCGCGCCCACACGCGAGUGUGUGCGCAUGGUGCGACAGCUGGAGAAUGAGACGGGAGAGGCGGUCAAGUACAUCGUGCUACCCACCUUCGGAUAUGAGCACAAGAUUUUUGUUGGGCCCUUCAGCCGCCGCUUCCCCAAGGCGGAGGUGUGGGUGGCGCCCAGCCAAUGGAGCUGGCCCAUUAACCUGCCUGUCCAAUUCUUUGGCAUCUUCCCCACGGGAGUGCUGGUCGAUGGCGCAGUCGACACGCCGUGGGCAGAUGAACUUGAGCAGAAGGUGUUUGAGAGCAGUGUGGGCAUCGGCCCCUACAUCGAGGCCGCCUUUUUCCACAAGGCCACCCGCACCCUGCUGGUCACUGAUGCGGUCAUCUCUGUCCCCGCCAACCCGCCCGAGCUGGUGCCCACCGAAAACCUGCUUGAGGCGGCAGCUCGCAACUUCUUCAUUGAUGUCCUGGCUGGCGACCUGGCGGCGCAGCCGGUGGAUGGUGUGCCGCUGCAGCCCAAGGAGCUGACGCCCGCGGCACGCAAACUGGGCUGGCAGCGCAUGGCACUACAGAUACUCUACAUCGUGCCCAGCGACCUGCGUGACCCCAGGAAGGGCUUUUUAGCAGUGGCGGAGCGCUUGAUUGUGGGGCCCAUCCUGAAGACGCUGGUGUUUAGCACCACCCCCGAGGUCACCCGCACGUGGGUGGACUCCAUCUGCCGCGACUGGGCCUUUACCAGCAUCAUCCCCGCGCACUUCACCGCACCCAUCCGCGCUGGCCCAACCGAGUUCAAGGCUGCCUUCUCAUUUGUGUACGAGCCGCAGCUGAGCGCGGAGCAAGCUAGCGGCAAGGCGGCGACGCCAGCUGCGGCAGCAGCCAAGGCGGUCUUGGCGACGGAACGGAAGCAGGAGAGCGCCAACCCUGCCAAGGUGCUGGAUGGGCUGCUAGUGGGCCUGCUGGGCGGCCUGAGCAGCAGCAGCAAGAAGGAGGUGCCGGCGCCACCGCCGCGCAGUGCGAGCAGCAAAACAUUUCAGUACCCGGAAGAGGACAUUGCAGCACUAAACGCCGCCAAACGCUUCCUUGUGUCGGCCGGCGUGGUGAACAAGUGA